GUUAGAGGUUCUGCUGUCAUCUUCAUGCUUUUCACCACUUUUACCGGUUUCGUGAUACCAUAUCUCUCCCUCCCGCAGUCGGAUCUCGUAGUUGCGUAGCCUCUGCCCUCUGCUCACUGCUGAAGCGGACAUUAGUAAACCAACAUGGCGUUGAACACCGAUAUUUACGAUGAUCUUUACCUAUACGCAACGCCAGAAAAAUUUUAUGUCGAACCAGUUGGAACCAAGGAAUUAUUGGUAGUCGAUCGAGUUACCCAGCAAAUUUAUACCCAAGCAGGUACAGCAAGUCAGAUUCCUCCUACUGCCAGUCGUCGUAGAAUAUGGGGAAUUGUGGGCACAAUACGCCUAUUGGCCUGUCGCUACCUGAUAGUUAUCACAGAUGCGGAACGUGUGGGUACUAUAGCGGGACACCAAGUUUACAAACUUGGGUCUACAGAAAUUAUACCAUACAUGCGAUCAUUGCUACAUUUGAACGAAAAGCAAAUAAGCAACAAUACCACUUAUCUGGAAAUGAUCAAGUCUGUAUUGAACACACCACAUUUUUACUUCAGCUAUACCUACGACUUGAGUCACACUAUGCAAAGGCUGCAUAAUACUACGCCUGAAUUUUUACAGAUGCCGAUACACGAGCGAGCAGAUCUAAGAUUUGUUUGGAAUGCGUAUCUACUACAAGAACUAACUUCUAGGCCUGAGCAGCACAGAUUCUGUCUGCCCAUUAUACAUGGCUUUUUGUCACUAAGUACAGUAAUUGUAAAUGGUAUUGCAUUUAACUGGGGAAUAAUAUCCCGUCGAGGAGUACAUCGUGCAGGAACAAGAUUGUUUUCUCGUGGGAUAGACGCCAAUGGAAACGUAUCUAAUUACGUAGAGACGGAACAGUUGGUAGAAGUGAACGGAGACCGUAGUUCGUUUGUUCAGACCAGAGGAUCAAUUCCACUCUUUUGGCAACAGGCUCCAAACCUAAAAUAUAAGCCCAAGCCGGUGUUAAAUAAUCAGGAAGACCAUCAUACUGCUUGCGCACGCCAUUUCGAAACACAAAUAUUUCAUUAUGGGAAACAGAUACUAGUAAAUUUGAUUGAUCACAGAGGAGCGGAAGAUGUACUUGAAAAAGCCUACUGUGAUAUUGUCAAUAGAAUUGGCAAUCAAAAUGUCCGUUACGAAUCAUUCGACUUUCACGCGGAAUGCCGAAAAAUGCGAUGGGACAGAUUGAACAUUCUAAUGGACAGAUUGGCCCACGAUCAAGAGCAAAUGGGCUCCUUUACACUUUCCAGAGAUGGAGCGUUACUCUCUGCACAAGAUGGAGUAUUCAGAACAAACUGCAUCGAUUGUUUGGAUAGAACAAAUGUUGUACAAAGUAUGCUGGCUAGAAGAGCGCUUAGUGACGCAUUGAGAAGAUUGGGAAUACUGCAGCGAGUUGAAGACCAUCCGUCGCUAGAAUACUUGUUUAAACAGGUUUGGGCAGAUAACGCGGACGUAAUAAGCAUAGAAUAUUCAGGUACUGGUGCAUUGAAAACUGAUUUUACACGUACUGGAAAACGGACUAAACUUGGAGCCAUACGAGACGGUGUUAAUUCCUUGACCAGAUAUUACAAAAACAAUUUCACCGAUGGAUACAGACAAGAUUCCAUAGAGCUUUUCCUGGGACGUUAUAUUGUGCAAGACGGUGAAUGCCUUACGGUGAAAUGUCCGUUGGACGCCGAACGUAAUUGGCGGUACGCUACGUUCCCCUUAGUUUUAUUGGUCGCGUCGUCGAUGCUCGUCGCUCACGCGAUUCUCCCGUCCAGAUACACUACAGAAGUAUUACUUUACAUGCUGUUCUGGGGUGCCAUGGUUGGUGGAACGUUUGCGACAGUUAUACACCAUGGAAAGCAGUAUGUUGACAAGCCGAAACUUUUAUAGUCAACACGAUAUACCGAAAGGUGACGGGAAACCAUAGAAUUGUGAUAAGCGUAUUUUUUUUUCUAUCAGUUCUGGCGCUGGUGUCAGAUAACUACAUGUAACAUUUAUUUACGCCUACAGGGUUUUUACAAAAUUAUACAAGCAUUACUAAAAAUAGACAAUUUAUCUCACAAAGAUAUAGCUAUUAGCCAUUGUAAUGCAAAUCUAAUGAAAUUCCACCGAUAGCCAUAAAUAUAGGUCUUUCAAUUCGAUGGUGAGACGUGCAUUUCGACUUCGAGAAAUUCUGAGAGUACUGACUUUACCUCAAUGUCAGUUGAAAGUUAUAUUUCCUCUCGAAAUUUUCUCAGUUUCAUCACUCCUUCCAUGUUUCUAUUCUUAAAUCUAACAGGGUCGAAUAAUUGACCACUACUGCAUUUCUCGACGAAAAAUAAGGCGUCUAUGAUCAGCUUAGCAGAAAAUUCACCUAUUAGCUUUAAAUCUCGUUGUUAAUUUGCAAUUCUACGAAGUUUAUACAACAUUUUAAGUAGAACAUACUUAAAAUUUUAAUCCAGCUAGACCGCUGUAGAGUUGAUGUAAUUUUAGUCAAUUAUGAAAAAAAAAAAAAUUACGUAUAUAUAAUGUAUAUGUAUAUCACUGGAUAUUUAAAUUUAUGAAAAUAUUUUCUUCCGGUAAAAAAUUAUGCUAUAUUAUCUAACCAUGUAAUCUAAUUUCGUAUUGGCGUCUCAGAAUUUUCUCGGCGUGCUCAAGAUUUAAAAGAAAAAUUCUUAUGUAAUGGUGGACAAGGAAAUAUGAAAUUAUCGACUAUCACUGGCUACCAAAGCAGUAAAAUACCUAUGAUCUUGCAGGGUAUUCGCGUUGUAAGUACAAACGUCUGGGUAUCAUGAUUGAUUGCCCAAAUAUCAGUAGAGAGCGAUGCUGCAUGGAGCAAUCGUAUUUUCCUUGGAACUACUGCUAUUGUAGCUAUUGUUUGCUAAUUAUCGAUAAGUAGGCGGGAUAAUGUCGACUUACGACACGUAGGAAAAACGAAUUAUGAGAUCGGAAUUAGGCAAGCGUAAAUGAGAAAGUAGGAACAAUAGCAAAUUUUAAACUUACACUAUCGGCAAAUUUUUAUUCGACAGUAAUUAUAUUGAUUUUCGACGGAUCGUGUCUUGUAAGUAAUGUAACUAUAUAUAUAUAUGAAAUAUGUAAAAAUACAAUCAAGUUAAUAACGGAUAA